GCGAGUGAAGGAAGAGGACGGAUGUCAGAUUUGUAUUGUUUUAUAUAUAUUUUGACACACUCGCUAUCAUGAACGUAGACGAUAUCAUAUAUUUGUCUUCACUCCUGGCGUCUAUCGCCUUUGGCCAGUUGUAUAGACAGAUAAAAUGCCCAGAAGCUAGAAAAUGGGUAGGCACCACCGUGGGCUUGGUACUUAUCGUGAUUGUCUCCGGAAUCCAUAUUCUCCAUCCUCUUUUCCUGACUGGGACAAAUAUCCUAAUUCUCUUUUGUACCAAAAGAAGCGUGUGCCAUUUUGUGAGCUUCGGCUGGAGUUUCAUGUACCUCCUGUUUUUCCGUGUGUGUCACUACAUGGGUCUAGAGAUGCCACCUGCACACACUAAUGCUGUUCAGAUGAUGAUCACACUCAAGCUAGUUGGUAUUUGCUUUGAGGUUCAUGACACUUGGAAGAAACGUGGACAGUUGAAGAAAUCUGAGAGUGAAGAAGAUAAAAAGAACCUUGCAAUCCAACUUAAACAUGAAGAGGUUGACCCAUCACCUAUGGAUGUCUUCCAUUAUGCAUUUAACUAUAUUGGUGUUUUGACAGGUCCAUACUACAAGUAUCGGGUAUAUUCAGAUAUGCUGAAGGGAACAGCAAUUGAUGGUGGUGUUGACUGUUUUAAGUCCAUGCUGCAGAGAAUAUGGGUCGUUCCGUUGUAUGCUGUGGCUUUCCUUUUGACUUCUCACUAUUUCCCCCUCUCGUUUGCUGAGGGGAAAGAGAUCUUCCAGGACUACAGUUUUAUGUACCGUGUGUGGUACAUGACACCUGUCUUCUUCAGCUUCCGGAUGCGCAUCUAUUCUGGCUUUGUACUCUCAGAGUGUGUUUGCAUCAUGGCAGGCCUCGGGGCAUAUCCUGUCGCCUCAGAACCAAAGCCAGGUCGAGGGCCCAGCAAGUAUGAGUCUCUUGAAUCCAGAGAUGAGAAGGAGACAGGUCCAAAGGAGUAUAACUUUGAAACCAUUCACAACAUAGAUGAGUUUGGAGCAGAUUUCACCCCAACUGUAAGGGCAGGAAUGCGUUGCUGGAACAUGACUGUUCAGUACUGGCUGGCUACCAAUGUUUACAAGCGAGUCACGAUGGCACGACCGAUCAAAGAGGCCUUGACCAUGUUUACAUCAGCAUAUUGGCAUGGAGUCCACUCAGGCUACUAUCUGUCUAUGCUGACUGUGCCAUUCAUCCUAGCAGUGGAAGACUACUUUGAUAAGCUUGUUAGAAGGAGACUUGGAGAAACGGGUCAGUAUAUGUAUGACUGGUUUGCUUGGUUUGUGAAGAUGCAGAACUUUGCCUACAUGGGCAUGGCAUUCCUCCUCCUGCGUGUGGACACCACCCUCCACUACUGGCACUCCAUUGGCUAUAUAUAUCACGGUCUCUUGGUUUUCAUGCACGGGAUUGCACAGUACGUCAACCUCAUUUUUAGCAAGGCUCAGCACAAACUCAAGAAAAGUGCAGCAACUGCCCAUAUUGAUGAUUACACCAAAGUUCGCUUUCUGAAGACCAAAGAUGAAGGGAAACCAAGCAAAGAAACUGACAAUCACAAAUCUGUUACAGCUUCACCGAAGUCAAAUGGAGAUGUUGUAGAGGAUAAGAAGACCCAGUAGGAUGGUAACCCAGAAUUACAGAGAUGGAACUGAAACAGAUAACAGCGCGUGAAUUCGGUACAUCAAGCCGAAUCACUGCCUCGGAGCGCUUUGGUGCGCCGCGGCGGCGGACAGCCACACGCCACAUUUCAGGCGUAUUGUUAUGGCGCCUAUAGGCGUGACCCGUUGGGAAGGGGUUAGGCCGCAGAAUCCAGACACCCAGAUCAACAUGCCCUGAUACUCCAGACAAACACGACAAGAGCAGCAACAACACUAGGACUGCCCAGUCUUUUGCUGAUUGAGGAGCAUCCCGGCUCCCCCAUUGAUCUCCACAUCAACUCCAGCACCCAGCAAUAGCAGUGGGAACUCACACCCAUUCAUACACUCCAUAAAGAAAUACUGACCAGUUCAAGUAGUAGAUAAUUACUCAUCUACUACAAUGGAUCUCUUUCAUAUACUUAUUUAUCUAUUUACUCACUGAAAAAGGAUGGAGGAUAUUCAGGAGGGUGCUUGUUAUGUUUGUCUCAAGAACUUGGCAGUUUGAUUGCUUCAGAAGAAAGAGAUUCUGAAUUUUGAGUGACUUUUGAUUUCUUUUAUAAAUAGGAACCAAAUUAAUAAGAAAGAAAUAUAUGUUUUAUGUAUUAAUG